AUGCUCUCUCUCCGCGCCUUCACCCGCUCGGUUCCGCACACCCUCUCCAGAUCCAUUGCCAUCUCUGCCAGAUCAACCAUCUCAAAACCUAGCAUCCUCCAGUCAGCAUGGAUCCGUGCUCCCCGAUAUGUUUACCCUGCCACUGCUGCUUUCUCCACGACCAGAGCGAGAUUGGAACCUGCGGGACAGUCCGAUCUCGAACUUGCCGCCAAGCUGAAUGAGGAAAUGAAGUAUGAGCAGAAUGACUCUAGUGUUGAGACCCUCCCGGAGUCAGUGCAGUAUUAUAUUGAUAACUGCCCUUUUGAGAUCCAACACAAGGAAGGUGAAGAUGAAGUUGUCCUCACAAGAACAUUCGGAGAUGAGAAAAUCCGCGUCGCAUUCUCCCUCUCUGACAUCCAAGAUCUGACCGAGAACGACUCCGCCCUCGCCGACGAGCACGAUGACCUGGACGCCCCUACCAACGAACGACAGGGCAGAGGCAGCCAAGUCCCCGUCGCCCCCGAGGACAAAGUCUCCGACGCAGACCAAGAAGAGGAAGGCUUCGAAGAUGAGGACCAGGUACCCAGCUACCCAGCACGCGUCAGCGUCACGAUCGAGAAGAAGGGCAAAGGCGCCAUGCAGAUCGAAACCAUCGCCCAGGACGGGUUCAUCCAGAUCCAGAACGUAGGAUACUUCGCCAAGGCCGACCUGGCCAAUGCGGCCAGUGCCGAGAAGGAGUGGACCCGCCAGAGUCUGUACAGCGGGCCCCCGUUCGGCAACCUCGAUGAAGACCUGCAGACCCUGAUGGAGCGGUAUCUGGAGGAGAGAGGGGUUGAUAGUGCGCUUGCGUUGUUCGUACCGGAUUAUAUUGAGUUUAAGGAGCAGCAGGAGUAUAUUCGAUGGCUGCGCAACCUCAAGACUUUCAUCGAAGCUUAG